AUGAGCAAACACGCAGACUUUAUCGAAGGCGAGGCCGAGCUCGGCUCGGAGGAGGACGAGGAGUCCUUUGACGGCGAGGACGAUGAUGAGGACGAUGGCAGCCGGCGCCGCACCAAGGAUAGGGCUCCUCGAAUCGAGGAUUCCAGCGAUGAAGAAGACGAUGACGACGACGAAGAAGAGGCGGCCAAGAUUCGCGAGGGAUUCAUCGUCGACGAGAGCGAGGACGAGGACGAGGGCGAGGCGUCGGACCACGAGCAUAAACGCAGGAAGAAGCGCCGGCGAGCUGAGCGCGAGGAAGAGGCUCAGCUGGACGAAGAGGAUCUGGACCUGAUUGGCGAAUCGCGUCCGGACUGGGAGCGACAGGCAGCAGCGCAGCCCAAGUUUAAGCGUCUCAAGCGCGGCCAUCGCGAUGAAGCCGGCCAGCGAACCGAUCGGACCGACCUCGCACAGAUCUUCUCGGACGACGAGGACGAGCCGGCCGAGGACCGCUAUGCCCGGCAUGGCCACCGCGGGCCGGCCGACGACAUGGACGACUUUAUCGAGGAGGACUUCCCGGAAGACGAAGAUGAACGCCUCCAGCGCCAGGAAGACAUGGAAGUGGCGCGACCUCGCGAGCGCUUCAUCGGCGGCGUCAUCGACACGACCGGACUCGACAAGGACGCCCUGGACGACAUGGACAAGAUUUUUGGCGAUGGCGGUGAUUAUGCCUGGGUGUUUGACAUUGAGGACGACGAGGAGGAGCGCGGCCGCGAGGAGCAGGGCAUCGAGCUUAAGGACGUGUUCGAGCCGUCCCAGCUGCAGGAAAAGCUGAUGACGGACGACGACAACAAGAUCCGCUACACGGACGAGCCCGAACGCUUCCAGAUCGACCGGAAGCCCUUCCGCAACCUGCAGAUCACGCCCGAGCAGUUCAAGGAAGAGGCCCGCUGGGUGAUCAACCUGCUCUGGCCCACGAAACAGCUGUCGGCCGACCUGCACGUGCCCUUCAGCAAGGCUGUCGGCAAGGUGCUCGAGUUCUUUGUCGUCGACGACGUCGAGGUCCCGUACGUCUUCCAGCACCGCAAGGACUACCUCAUCCACGCGCGCCAGCCGGCAGGUGCUGGCCACCGCGACGAGGCCGACGGCGCCGACUACGACGUCAGUGCCGAGAAGCUGCUGAACCAGGACGACCUGUGGCGCAUCCUCGAGCUCGACAUCAAGUUCCGCUCGCUGAUCGACAAGCGCAACGCGCUUGAGCGCUCGUUUGAGAAUGUGCGCCAGGCCUUUGGGCUUGAGGACAAGAUGUUCGAGUCCAUGGUGUCCGAGGCCGCGACGAUGGAAGAGUUGCAGGACCUGCAGGACUACCUGCACUUUGAGUAUGCCAGCCAGCUGAAGGACCUGGUGGCAGAGGGCAGCGCGACGCGCGAGGUCACCAAACGGCCGGGCGCCAAGGCGACGUCGAUCUUUGAGCGCAUCCGCAAGGCCCGUGCCUACAGCUUUGCCAAGGCCUACGGCAUCAGUGCCGACCGGCUGGCCCAGAACGCCCUGCGGCUCGGCAAGAAGGUGUCGGCUGACGACGAUCAGAAGCUGCCGGUCGACUUGGCUGACGGCCUGACGGACGAGACGUACGCUACGGCCGACAGCGUUAUGGCGGUGGCCCGCCAGAUGUAUGCCGAAGAGCUGUUUACGAGCCCGCGGAUGCGCAAGCUCUUCCGUGUGGCCUACUACACCAACGGCCUGGUCAGCUGCCACCGCACCGAAAAGGGGCUGCGCAAGAUUGACGAGUCCCACCCGUUCUAUGAGAUCAAGUACCUCGUCAACCAGACGAUCAGCGACCUGGCCCGACGGCCCGAAGUCUUCCUGAAGAUGAUGAAGGCCGAGGAGGAGGGGCUUGUGGACGUGGCGCUGACGCUGCAGAACGAGCGCGACUUCCGCCGGCAGCUGUACACGGAGUUCGCCUCAGACAACUUCAGCGACCGGGCAGACGCCUGGAACGAGGAGCGCCGCAAGGUGCUCGACCUGGCGGUGCCCAAGCUGGACCGGGUGAUUGCCAAGGGGGUCAAGGACUCGCUGCGGACGGCGUGCCAGGACGAGGUGCUCAAGAUCUGCCGGGACGAGUACUCGAAGCGGCUGGACCAGGCGCCGUUCAAGCCCAAGGAUAUGGUCCUGGGCACGUCGCCGCGCGUGCUGGCGCUGUCCAACGGCAUGGGCGACCCCGGGCGCGAUCCCGUCUUCUGGGCUUGGGUCGGCGAGGACGGCCGAGUGAUGGAGCAGGGCAGCUUCGGCAACCUGGCGCGCAGCGACAAGGAGCGUGACGCGUUUGUCGGGCUGAUCGAGCGGCGACGGCCAGACGUGAUCGGCGUGAGCGGCUUCUCGGCCGACACGAACAAGCUCGUGCGCGACAUCGAGGGCCUCAUCAGCGAGAAGGGCCUGAUGGGCCCCGAGUACGAGGACGCAGAGACGAGCGAGUACCGCAGCGACCUGCUCGAAGUGGUGGUGGUCAACGACGAGGUGGCGCGGCUGUACAAGGACAGCGACCGGGCAGCUCGAGAGCAACCGACGCUGAACCCGAUGAUCCGCUACUGCAUCGCGCUCGGCCGCUACCUGCAGAACCCGAUGAAGGAGUACGCAGCCCUGGGCAAGGACGUGCAGUCGCUGCUGUUCCACGCGUGCCAGCACCUGUUGCCGGCCGACAAGCUGACGCGGGCGCUGGAGACGGCCAUGGUCGACAUGGUGAACCUGUGCGGCGUCAACAUCAACGAGGUGGUCAACGACGCGUAUGCGGCCAAUCUGCUGCCGUACAUUGCGGGCCUGGGUCCACGCAAGGCCUCGGCCGUGAUCAAGGGCAUCAACGCCAACGGCGGCGUGGUCAACUCGCGCGACGAGCUGGUGGGCGACCCGGACAGCGGCAAGCUGGCGGUCGUGGGGCCGCGCGUGUGGAACAACUGCGCCAGCUUCCUGUACAUUGAGUACGACAGCUCGAACCCGGCAUCGGACCCGCUGGACAACACGCGUGUGCACCCGGAGGACUACGAGCUGGGCCGCAAGAUGGCGGCAGACGCGCUGGAGCUGGACGAGGAGGACGUCAAGGCCGAGACGGACGAGAACGGACCGGGGGCGAUUGUGCGCAAGCUGUUCAAGGAGGAGGAGCAGGAAAAGGUCAACGAGCUGAUUCUGGAGGAGUACGCGGACCAGCUGCUGCGCAACUACAACCAGAAGAAGCGGGCGACGCUCGAGACGAUCCGGGCAGAGCUGCAGGCGCCGUACGAAGAGCUGCGCCGCAAGUACGUGGCCCUGGGCGCGGACAUGGUCUUUACCAUGUUUACGGGCGAGUCCAAGGAGUCGCUGUGCGAGAACAUGAUCAUCCCGGUGGUCGUACGCGUGGUCAAGGACGACUUUGCGAUCGUGAAGCUAGACUGCGGCAUCGAGGGCCGGGUGGAGGCGCACGAGGUCUCGUACCGGCACUCGAUCCGGGACGUGUUGCGACAGGGACAGACGGUGCAGGCGAAGCUGUUGGAGCUGAGCCGCAAAGACUUUAGCGCGAAGCUGUCGGUGCGCGAGGACGCGUUGCGGCGGCCGUACCGCAAGUUUGUCGACCACGAGCGCGGCACCUGGGACUUCCGGCAGGAGGACCAGGACCGCGAGGACAUGACGGAGAAGGACAAGACAACGGGCCGGACGCAGCGUGUGAUCAAGCAUCCGCUCUUCCGGCCCUUCAACGCCACCCAGGCCGAGGAGUACCUGGGCUCGCAGGCAGCCGGCGACAUGGUCAUCCGGACGUCGUCGCGCGGCAAUGACCACCUGGUCGUGACGUGGAAGGUGGCCGACGGCGUGUACGAGCACAUUGACGUGCUGGAGCUGCAGAAGGAGAACGAGUUCUCGGUCGGACGGCUGCUCCGGAUCGGCGGCAAGUACUCGUACACGGAUCUGGACGAGCUGAUUGUGGACCACGUCAAGGCCAUGGCCAAAAAGGUGGACGAGAUGAUGCAGAACGAGAAGUUCCAAAAGGGGACGCGGGCGGAUAUUGAAAAAUGGCUUACGACCUACAUGGACGCCAAUCCGAACCGGUCCUCGUACGCCUUCUGCCUCGACGGCAAGCACCCCGGCUACUUCUUCCUGUGCUUCAAGGUGAACCGGAACACGCGGGUGAACGCGUGGCCGGUGCGGGUGAUUCCCAAGGGCUUCGAGCUGCUCAAGGUGGCCUACCCAGACAUGCGUGCUCUGACCAACGGCUUCAAGAUGCGGUACCAGAAUGAGAUUCUCAAGAUGCAGCAGGGCGGCCGGUAG